ACUUUUCCCAGAGGUUUUAAACGCGUCUAAAGCAGGCUUAGCUUGUUAGCUUCGGUGUAGCAAAGAUGCAGCUAGCUCUGAGCAAGACGUUUGGCCAAAAACCAGUUAAAUUCCAGCUGGAAGAAGAUGGAGACUUUUACAUGGUGGGAUCAGAGGUUGGAAACUACCUGCGGAUGUUCAGAGGUUCCCUCUAUAAAAGAUAUCCCUCAUUAUGGAGGAGGUUGGCCUCAGUGGAGGAGAGGAAGAAGAUCAUGGCUUCAUCACACGCCACCAGUGUGACGCUGCUAAAAGCUUCAGAGUGUGAGGAGAUCUUUGAUGGGAAUGAUGAGAAGUACAAGGCGGUGUCCAUCAGCACGGAGCCUCCAGCUUACCUCAGGGAGCAGAAGGCAAAGCGCAGCAGCCAGUGGGUUCCCACCUUACCCAACAGCUCCCAUCAUCUGGACGCCGUUCCUUCGUCCACCUCCAUCAACAGAAACAGAAUCGGCCGGGAUAAGAAGAGGACGUUCCCUCUGUGCUUUGAUGAUCACGACCCUGCAGUGAUCCAUGAAAACGCCGCUCAGGUGGAAUCCCUGGUUCCGAUCCGUCUGGACAUGGAGAUCGAUGGACAGAAACUGAGAGACGCCUUCACCUGGAACAUGAAUGAGAAGCUGAUGACUCCUGAGAUGUUUGCAGAGAUUCUGUGUGACGACCUGGACCUUAACCCUCUGACGUUCGUCCCGGCCGUGGCUUCAGCCAUCCGGCAGCAGAUCGAGUCUUAUCCCACCGACAGCAUCCUGGAGGAACAGGCGGACCAGAGAGUCAUCAUCAAGCUGAAUAUCCAUGUGGGGAACAUCUCUCUGGUGGACCAGUUUGAGUGGGACAUGUCAGAGAAGGAGAACUCCCCGGAGUCAUUCGCCCUGAAGCUGUGCUCCGAGCUCGGUCUGGGAGGAGAGUUCGUCACUACGAUCGCUUACAGCAUCCGAGGUCAGCUGAGCUGGCACCAGAGGACCUACGCCUUCAGUGAGAACCCCCUCCCCACUGUGGAGAUUGCCAUCAGAAACACGGGAGAUGCUGACCAGUGGUGCCCCCUGCUGGAGACCCUCACAGAUGCAGAGAUGGAAAAGAAGAUUCGAGACCAAGACAGAAACACCAGGCGAAUGAGACGACUGGCCAACACUGCCCCCUCCUGGUAGGAAGGAACUGCUUCAGGUGAAGCAGGCUGUGUUUUCUACCAUGGAUCAACUCUACAGCGUCAACAGAGAGCCUGGAUGAGCCUCACUGGCUGAAGACUGCAGACACAUCCAGAUGUUCCUCUGCAGCUUGUCAGUCAUGUAGCAGCUCAUUUAGUGUUUGUUCAGAACCAUUUCUCUUCCAUACACACCAUCCUCAGUGCAGCUCUCUGCAGGCACCACUUUUCAGUUUAGAAGAAGACUUUAUGGCCACUGACAUCAGCUCUUCUCCGGAUCCUUCAGGUCCUCUGCCGAAUCUGGUCCAGCUGUAAGAACUGUUUAACCUCUGAGUCUGGAUCAGAACAUCAGCAGGUAACUUCAGGUUCAUCAUUAAGCUGCUUCGCUGCCAGGAUGCUGGACACUUCACCUACUCGCUGUUGGAGCCUGCAGCACAUUCAGAUGAUCUAAAUCCUGUAUUUUGUGACCCUGGACUAGAUGUUUAUGUGCAAGCAAGCUGAACUGGUGUUGAAAAAGUUCCCAGCUGCUCUCACCUCUCAGCAUCUCAUGUCAGAUCAGCAAAAACCCUGAAUGUUCAUGCUUAACGUGUUGCAGGAGCUGUUCAUGAGCCUGGUUCUUGUGGCUGCAUUUAAUUUGGUUCUGAACCCUUACGGUGUCAGGGUGCAUUCAGACUUGUGUUUGGUUUCUGGAGCAGGAGGUUCUGUUUUCAUGGUGCUGCAGCUGCUGAUUGGUCUGAGAGGAACAGCAGAUGCUUUCAUAAUGAGAAGAUAAUGUUCAUGUGCCACAUUUCCUGGAGAAUCACUUUCAUUUUGUCACUUCUUUUGUAGUUUGUUUGACCUUUAUAGUGACUGUUUUUAUAUAAAAACAAUAAAAAUCUCUUACAAAGAUGAAACAAA